AUGGUGCGCCUUAGGGAACUGCCGCGGACAGCGACCUUUGCCUGGUCGUCAGGAUCUGGGAAGCCUCUUUUGGUGACCGGCACUCGAGCUGGCGCUGUCGACGCAGACUUUUCUGAUGAGAGCAAGCUGGAGCUCUGGGACUUGUCCCUGGACGACCCGAAGCAGGGCAUUGAGCUUCAACCUAUCGUGAGCAUCACUACCGAGUCCAGAUUUUACGAUAUCGCUUGGGGACCCCCCGACUCAGACCACCCCCGUGGAAUCAUCGCUGGCGCAUUGGAAAACGGUUCCCUCGAUCUGUGGGAUGCCGAGACACUGAUCUCCGGGGAAGAUGCACUGAUGUCACAAACAUCAAAGCACAGCGGCCCCAUUAAGACCAUUCAAUUCAACCCUCUCAAGCCCCAGAUCCUCGCUACUGGUGGCGCCAAGGGAGAGCUGUACAUCUACGAUGUGAACGACAUUGAGAACCCAUUCCGGUUGGGUAAUACCGCUGCUCGAUCUGAUGAUAUUGAUUGUCUAGCUUGGAAUCAAAAGGUGUCUCACAUUCUUGCGACUGGCGGAGCUGGAGGUUUCGUUACAGUUUGGGAUUUGAAGACUAAGAAGGCCUCGCUCACACUCAACAACAGCCGAAAAGCAGUGAGUGCGAUCGCAUGGGACCCGAACAACUCUACCAAACUCUUGACGGCCACCCCGGACGACAACACACCGGUGAUCUUCCUUUGGGAUCUCCGCAAUUCAAAUGCUCCCGAGAAGACCCUUCAAGGCCACGAGCAAGGUAUCCUGUCGCUUUCUUGGUGUGCCCAGGACAGCGACCUCCUUCUAUCUGCAGGCAAAGAUAACAGAACCAUUGUAUGGAACCCGCAGACUGGCGAACGACUUGGCGAGUUUCCAGAAGUCACGAAUUGGACCUUCCUGACGCGGUUCAACCCACACAACCCUAAUCUUUCAGCCACUGCUAGCUUCGACGGCAAGAUCACAAUUCAAACCCUCCAGAAUACCAACCCCGACACUUCCCAGUCGGCUGCGGGGAAGAACUUGGACGAUGAGGAGUUCUUCAGUGCCGCUCAAACACAGCCACAGGGUGCUUCUUGGUCGUUGAGCAAGGCCCCUAAAUGGUUUGAACGACCUGUCAGUGUAUCAUUUGGGUUUGGUGGCAAGGUUGUUGUCCUCAAACAGGCCGCUACUCAGCCAGGCCAAAAGCGGUCCUCCCAAAUCCUCAUCACAAGCUUCUCUGCCGACUCUGAGGUAUCAGUCUCAAGCGAAAAAUUCCAGUCGUCAUUGGCUUCUGGUGACCUGACCGCUAUUUUUGAAGAUAAGAUUGAACAAGCUGGCACAGAGGAUGAAAAGGCUGAUUGGAAGGUGAUGGAGACUUUGGUUGGCGAUAAUCCACGUGGGAAGAUUGUUGAAUAUCUUGGCUUCACGGAGGAGGAUGCGGUCAAUGGCGAGGACGUUACUCCUAAAGACGCUGAGAAGGAGGACGAUGCUAAGCCUGAGGCGGAGGCCGAGGAAGAGAACAAGAAGAAGAGACUGUCUAACUUCUUCGAUGGCGGAGAUGCAGAUGGCGAAGGAGAAGACUUUCUUUCCAAUCUGGCGGCUAACAAGGGGGCCAAGACUGAUAAACCCUUCCAUCUUUUCGCCGACUCCGACACAUCUAUCGAGAAGGACGUGACGAAGGCACUCAUGCUCGGAAAUUUCGCCAAGGCAACCGAUAUUUGUCUGAAGCAGGAUCGCAUUGCUGAUGCUUUCUUGAUUGCAAACUGUGGCGGCCAGGAACUAGUCGACAAGGUCCAAUCGGCAUAUCUCGCCCGGAAGAACGGAAUCCCCAGCUACUUGCGUCUGAUCGGCUCAGUGAUCACCAAGAACCUCUGGGAUGUAGUCUACAAUGCCGACCUAGAGAACUGGAGGGAAACCAUGGCGAUCCUCUGCACCUAUUCAGACCCCGCAGAGUUCCCCGACCUCUGCGAGGCUUUGGGCGACCGGAUAAGUCAAGAAGGUUCAAGAAAAGAUGCUUCUUUCUGCUAUCUGGUUGGCUCCAAGUUAGAGAAGGUGGUUUCUAUCUGGGCCGCCGAGUUGGAUGAAGAGAAGAAGGCUGGCAUCAGCACCGAAUCUGAUGACUCCACGUUCUCUGUCCAUGCGAGAACAUUGCAGAGCUUUAUCGAAAAGGUCACUGUGUUCCGCAAAGUGAGCAAGUUCACUGACGGCGAGAAGUCUCUGACCUCUGACUGGAAGCUGGCUGCUCUGUAUGACAAGUAUACAGAGUAUGCCGAUAUCCUUGCUGGGCAGGGCCAAUUGUUGGUGGCUCAACAGUAUCUUGACUUGCUGCCUUCGAGCUAUCCCGCCGCAGAGCUCGCUAGGAAUCGUGUCAGGUUAGCCACACAAAAGCCCGGAUCUCAAGCCAACACCAACAAACCCGCACCAAGGACGUCAUCAAGGGCUGGUUACCAGAAUCCGCUCGUUGGAGCCACUGCUAAUCAAUUCGUCGGAGCCGCUGCCAAUCAGUUCGUCGGAGUUGGUCGGCAGUCACCGGCGCCUCCUACUCAGAACCAGGCAUAUGUUCCUCCUGGCCAAGCACAAGUGUACCCAACGACUCAACCCCAGCCAUUUGCUUCUUCGAACCCGUACCAACCCCAGGGAACGUUCAAUCAGCCCAGUUACUCCCAUACCAUGGCACCACCUCCGGUGGCACCUGGCCCCCCUAGGAACUUGACUCCUUCUUCAGGGCCACCGCCAUCCAAGGCCAAGAAUAUGGAAAAUUGGAAUGAUGUUCCCAUUGUUACAAAGGCCCCCCCACGAAAAUCAACACCCAGUGUGCAAGCAAUCACAUCGCCCUUCCCCAACCAACCAGCCACCUUUUCGGCACCCCCCCCUCCAGGUGCUUAUGGGCAACGGGGUGUAGUAUCUCCUCCCCCUCCUCCACCCAAGGCUGGCCCUCCCAGGGUACAGUCGCCGCUUACCGGGUCUCAGUCUUUCCAGGCACCGCCUCGACCAUCUUCGGCUGCGAACCAGUAUGCUCCUCCCCACCAAGCCAGCUCAAACCCCUACCAACCUCCACACGCUAUCCCACCAACAUCCUACAACGCUCCUCCAGCCGCAGCCCCUUCCUCAAACCGAUAUGCUCCUUCUCCUGCGGCACAGCAGGCAGCUCAUCCCCCUCCAGCAUCUAUUCCUCCUCCGGCUGGAGCGUAUGGUGUUCCUCCUCAGCAGCCACCUUCAAACAACCCGUAUGCUCCUUCUCCUUAUGCCCCAGCUCCUAACCAAGGGCCUGGUGCGCCUCAGCCGGGCCCUCCUCCUCAGGCUUCUCGACCUGGACCUCCACCCAGUUCAACACCAGCUGCGGCAACCGCCCCUCCUAAAGCCGCUGCUCCUGUCAAGGCCAGACAUCCUGCGGGUGAUCGAUCUCAUAUCCCGGCCAACGCUCAGCCUUUGGUAGAGAUCCUGAGUCAAGAUAUGCAACGGGUUGCUUCCAAGGCACCAGCUACAUUUGCCACUCAUAUUAAGGAUACACAGAAGCGGCUGAACAUCUUGUUCGACCACCUCAACAACGAAGAGUUGAUUCAGCCCUCCACGAUUGAGCAGCUCUCACAACUGGCCAAUGCACUUCAGUCCAAGGAUUAUCCUACGGCCCAAAAAAUACAAGUAGAUAUUCAACGGGACAAGACUGAGGAAUGUGGUAAUUGGAUGGUCGGCGUCAAGAGACUCAUUACCAUGAGCAAGGCUACCAAUUAG